AUGCCACCUGGUGGCGGCAUUGCUUCCCUGCAGUCUCUCGACGGCGGCUGCGGCGGGGCGGCGUGCUCGGCGGGCACUCAGGGUCUUCACCGACAUCGUGGCAAGGAUGACCGGCAAAGCGCGAAUCACAAGGCCGCCCCUUUCCCGUGGCACCGUCUGGAAGAGGAGUGUGGGCAGGCGGCGACUCGGCUACUGGGGCAACGCCGCCAGCAUCAUCAUAGCCCUAGCGAACCGCAGCGGAGUUCGUCGGAGCCGGUGAUGGAGAUGAUGGGGCUUCGUGUUGACGGCAGUAGCGAGGCGUGCGGCGACGGCAACGCGAAGGGCGACCCCGCUUUAAAUGUUUUGCCGGCAGUGCCUUUGGCCUCGUCGACACGCCUACCUUCUGUUUGCACGCAAAGGGCACCGCAGCACGGUGCGGAUGCCCUGCACGAAGUUGAUGGCGCCCGCUCCGAGCUGCCCGAACACAAGCAAAGACGGCUGAUUAUUUCGCCACCUGCUGUCUUUUCCGACGAAGGUUUGGGCGAGCAACACCAACGUCAGCCUGUUAACUCUGCCGGGGCCACAGCAGACUGGAUUCAGCGUGUUGUGAAGGAGGAGCUCGGCCUUGGUGGUGCCUCGCCAGCGUUGUACGUCCUCGUCGCUUCACCUUCGGCAGCCGCGGGCAACGACGCCUCCGCGGGACACCAUGAAGCGAGUCCUGUGGGGCACACACAACUGCAUGUAAAUGUGGUCUUGCAAGGAACACCGCCAUUGAAGGAGAGCGCAGUUUUUCCACCGCGGCAGUUAGCAUACGAUUGCUUGCCGGCGCAUGUGAAUGAAGCACCAUUGUUGGUUGAUACCAUACAGAUGGACAUCGCGGCUCGCAAACAUCAAGAGCGUCGUUUGCUUCGUACACCACCGGCACCGAAGAGUCUCUCAAGCGUUGGCUCCCCGUGGCGUCGCAGGAAUGCCGUCGUAGGCUCCUGGCGCAGCCUCAGCUCGCACUGCAAACGAGCGGGAGUGCAAACCCCUGAGGUGCCAUUGCUGCUCAAACAAAGCGGGGGAUGCGCCUUUUGA